CAAAGCCACAGUCGCCCUGCUUGCUCUCGCAAACCGCACACACCGCCGCUAGCUACUAGCAGCUAGCCCUCUGAUCCGUAGCCGUGCAGGCACGUAGCUAGCUAGCUCGCGACAGAUCAUCGGCAAUGCAGUACGGCGCGGCGGCGGAGCAGGCGUGGUACACGCCGGCGGUGGUGGCACCGGCGGCCGCCGCGGAGACGGCGGCGGAGCGCGUGGAGCGGCUGGCGUCGGAGAGCGCGGUGGUGGUGUUCAGCGUGAGCACCUGCUGCAUGUGCCACGCCGUGAAGCGGCUCUUCUGCGGCAUGGGCGUGCACCCGGCGGUGCACGAGCUGGACCUCGACCCGCGGGGCCGCGAGCUGGAGCGCGCCCUCGCCUGCCUCCUCGGCGCCGCCGCCGCACCCGGGGCGGCGCCGAUCGUGCCCGUCGUGUUCAUCGGCGGCAGGCUGGUCGGCGCCAUGGACCGCGUCAUGGCCGCGCACAUCAACGGCUCCCUCGUGCCGCUGCUCAAGGAGGCCGGCGCGCUCUGGCUCUGAGCGAUCGAGCUCUCCCGGCCGACACUCGCGCCGCUGCCAUUGCGUGCCGUCGACGUUGCUGCUCGUCGGAGCUAACUGUCGUAGGGCAGAUUAAAGUAAUACAUCAGUUAAUCGAUCAUAGAGUGAGUGCUUUAUGUGUGUUUGUGUUUUAGAGAGAGGGAGGUCGGUGAAUUUUUUUGCUGAUGCUGCCUCCGUCUUGUGUGUGGGAGUGUGGUAGAGUUGGCACGUGCUCGCAUGCCCACACGUACUGUACGAGUGUGCGCGAUGCUUGCUAGAUGCAAGAAGGGAUCUGGCUGUUUAGUGCCAUCAACAAUCUCUUCGACCUUAUUAUCAAAUGCAAUCUGCAGUGUUUGGCUUGCCUUCCUUUAAUUUUCA